AUGAAGGAAUAUUCGUCAAUGGAUACAAUUAUGGAUACGAAACUUAGUACUUCAUAUCAUGUGGAGAUUUUAAAUUCACUUGAACUAUCGGGUGUACUGUCACAUAAACUUCAAUUGAAACUGAAUGUACCAGUAAUGCUUAUGCGAAAUCUAGAUGCUCCUCGGCUAUGUAAUGGAACACAGCUUCGGAUAGUAAAAUUGGGACAGAACAUACUUGGUGCUACUAUUUUAACAGGUGUCGGUAAGGGAAAUAGUGUUAUAAUACCUCGGAUACCAAUUAUUCCCACUGAUCUUCCAUUCCAAUUUAAAAGGGUUCAGUUUCCCGUCAAGCUUAGCUUUGCUGUUACUAUGAACAAGGCACAAGGACAAACAUUACAGGUAGCAGGAGUGCAUUUAGAAAACCCAUGCUUCUCUCAUGGUCAACUUUAUGUAGCCUGUUCACGUGUAUCUAAUGCCUGGAAUUUACACAUAUUUGCACCCGACGGGAAAACUUAUAACAUUGUCUAUAUCUUAAAUUAA